AAUCCCAUAUUUACUUGAAAAUAAGAAAGGUGAUGGGAUCCCACUUUAUAAAUAUAUAGCUCCCUUCCCAUUUCAAUGCUGUGCGAAGAAAAGAGAUGGCAAAAAAAGAAUAUGUCCCCCUGUUCGAAACGAGGAAAGUUAAGGGACGAAUACUGUUCAGGUGCGUUGCAGCUUCAAUCUUUCUUGGCAUCUGCUUCAUUAUCAUGUAUAGAAUAAGAUAUUUCCCAGUUGGAGGAAAAGCUGAGAGGUGGACUUGGAUUGGUUUGUUUCUUUCUGAGCUAUGGUUCUCGUUUUAUUGGCUUCUCACCACUGUUUGUAGAUGGAACGCUGUCAUCCGUAUUCCAUUCAUACACAGGCUCUCUCAAAGGUUCGGAAAAGAACUACCGGGCAUCGACAUAUUUGUGUGCACGGCAGACCCGUUGAUAGAGCCACCGAGCCUGGUGGUGAAUACAGUUCUAUCAAUGAUGGCAUAUGAUUAUCCACCUGAGAAGUUAAGCGUAUAUCUAUCAGAUGACGGGGGAUCGAAUUUAACGUUUUAUGCCAUGUUAGAGGCUGCAAAUUUCUCAAAGACAUGGCUGCCUUUCUGCAAGAAGUUCCAAGUUGAAUCAACGUCUCCUGAGGCUUACUUUAGGACAGCUUCUGAACUAGUCAAUGUCCAAGAGUGGCUUUCUGUCAAGAAAUUAUAUGAGGACAUGAAAAUGAGGAUUGAAACCACCAUAAAAUUGAACCAAAUUCCAGAAUACAUUCAGAAACAACACAAAGGAUUUCGUGAAUGGGACUUUGUUUUAAGCAAACAUGAUCAUCAGAGCAUCCUUCAAAUACUAAUAGAUGGAAGAGGCACCAAUGCUGCGGAUAUUGAAGGAAACCCUUUGCCAACUCUAGUGUAUUUGGCAAGAGAGAAAAGACCCCAAUAUCACCACCAUUUCAAAGCUGGUUCCAUGAAUGCUCUUAUCAGGGUAUCAUCAAAGAUAACCAAUGCUCCAAUUAUUUUGAAUGUGGAUUGCGACAUGUAUUCCAACAAUUCAAAAACAAUCAAAUCUUCUUUGUGCAUUUUCAUGGAUGAAGAGAAAGGAGAUGAAAUUGGUUAUGUACAGUUCCCUCAAUGUUUCUUUAAUCUCACCAAAAAUGAAAUUUAUGGUAGCUCUUUACGAGUAAUGCUACAACUGGAGGUUCUAGGAUUUGACGCAAAUGGAGGACCAAGCUACAUGGGCUCAGGAUGCUUCCACAGGAGAGAGACUCUUUGCGGGAAGAAAUAUGAGAAAAACUAUAAGGUUGAUUGGAAGAAAAUAAAUGAUAAGAAGGUUAAUGAAAGUGCAAGCUUCCUUGAAGAAACAUGCAAAGUUCUUGCAAGUUGUACUUUUGAACACAACACACCAUGGGGGAAAGAGAUGGGUUUAAAGUAUGGAACUCCUGUGGAAGAUGUAGUUACAGGGAUGAGUAUACAAUGUAAUGGAUGGAAAUCCAUAUACUUAAACCCUGAAAGAGAAGGCUUCUUAGGAGUUGCACCAAUAACAUUAUUGCAGAACCUGGUACAACAUAAGAGGUGGGUGGAAGGUGUACUUCAAUUGUUCUUUUCAAGAUACUGCCCCUUAUUGUAUGGACAUAGAAAGAUCCCUCUUAAACUUCAACUUAUUUACUCAACUCACCACUUGUGGGCUGCAAACUGCUUGGCUACAUGGUAUAUUGUUGUUGUCCCGUGUCUUUGCUUACUUAAAGGCAUCUCAUUGUUUCCUAAGAUAUCAAGCCCCUGGGUGCUCCCAUUUGUAUAUGUUACCUUUGUACACCGUGCCUAUAGCCUUGCUGAAUUUCUAUGGUGCGGAGGCACAUUCCGAGGUUGGUGCAAUGAUCAACGGAUGUGGUUGAUCAAGAGAACAACUUCAUACUUAUUUGCCUUCUUCGAAACCAUCUUGAAGCUAUUAGGGUAUUCACAGCUAAACUUUGUUGUUACUGCUAAAGUAGCUGAUGAAGACGUCUCAAAAAGAUAUGAUCAAGAGCUGAUUGAGUUUGGUGCUGCUUCACCAAUGUUUGAUAUUUUAGCCACACUUGCAAUGUUGAAUCUGUUUGGUAGCUUAGGGGCAAUCAAGAAGGCCACCGUGGAUGCAGAUCAGGACUCCAAGGUUUUGGACCAAUUUGGGUUGCAAAUUCUGCUCUGCUUGGUUUUGGUUACCAUAAACUUGCCAGUAUACCAAGCACUCCUUUUUCGAAAAGACAAUGGCAAGAUGCCUACUUCAGUUAUGUACAAGUCAAUUGUUUUUGCCUUGCUAGCCUGUAUGCUAGCCAUGUAUUGAAGCACUAAUGAUUCUGUUUCAAUUUUGUCAAUAAAAGAGAAAAUAAACUCUAGUGUUUGUUAUUCAAA